AUGCAGGCGAGGAAGUCUGCUCUGCAGCAAUUGAAGCAGGCGUCCAAGUGUCUGCAAUGCGCUGCAAUUGCCCCGCGAAACGCAACGCUGCAGGCCUCGAGCAGAUCGUAUGUUACGAAUACCACUGCAGAAAUACAAUCCCAUAGCACACGUCCAACUAUAUCCAGUUUGGGAUCAAGGUGCCGUGCGACUGGCCCCUCCAGAAGAACAUACGCUGCGAUAUCAGCAGCAGAGCUACAAUUUGGCCAGCCAGUCCAUGAGACCCAUCCACAUCUGCUGAGGGCGGGGGAAAUUACUCCAGGAAUUACUGCACAGGAAUACGCGGAUCGACGGUCGAAACUUGCUGCGAGCCUCCCCCAAAAUGGUAUAGCGAUACUAGCAUCAUCAGAUACCAAAUACCGUUCCGGGGCAGUCUUCUACGAAUUUCACCAAGAGCCAAACUUUCUAUACCUCACUGGAUUCAAUGAACCCGAAGCGGUAGCAGUUAUACAGAAAAUUGGAUCCGGAUCCGACUAUACAUUUCAUCUUUUCCUCCGACCGAAAGAUGCGAAGGCGGAACAAUGGGAUGGUGCUAGGUCAGGAGAACAAGCGGCAUUGGAUGUCUUCAAUGCAGAUGAGUCAGCAGAUAUCAACAAAUUACAUUCCUUGCUCCCACCGCUCAUCUCAGCCGCCAGUGAGGUCUACACGGACAUGGCCAAAUGUUCUGGACUCGGCCUGUUCUUCCGAAACCAAGAAGCACCCCCAAAUGACUUCCAGAAGAUGCUCAAGGACCGCAAGGUGAAGCCACUAAGGCCUCUGAUGAAUGAAUUACGAAUACUCAAAAGCGAAGCGGAAAUUGCUAACAUGCGGAUGGCGGGAAAGAUAUCUGGAAGAUCAUUCACAAAUGCUAUGCGUCAGCAAUGGACCAAAGAGAAAGAUCUUGGUGCUUUCUUCGAUUAUGAUUUUAAGAUCGGAGGUUGUGAAGCUACUGCCUAUAUUCCGGUCAUCGCAGGAGGGCAGAACUCAUUGAGCAUACAUUAUGUCCGAAAUAACGACGUUCUCAAAGAUGGCGAAAUGGUUCUAGUCGAUGCUGGUGGAGAGUACGGAGGCUACAUCGCCGACAUUACAAGAACCUGGCCGAUCAACGGGAAGUUCACUGACCCUCAGAGAGACCUUUAUGAGGCAAUCCUUGGGGUCCAAAGGAGUAGCGUUUCUCUAUGUAGAGAAAGUGCAAAUGUGACAUUAGAUAAGAUCCACCAAAUUACUGAGUAUGGAUUGAAGGAUGCUUUAAAACGACUCGGAUUCAAUAUGUCAGGCAACGCUUUGGAAACACUCUUCCCUCACCACGUUGGUCAUUAUGUUGGGCUGGAUGUACAUGAUUGCCCAGGCUAUCCUCGAACAGUACCUCUCAAAGCUGGUCACUGCGUGACUGUGGAGCCAGGGAUAUAUGUUCCAGACGAUGAGCGUUGGCCAGCGCAUUUUAGAGGGAUAGGCAUUAGAAUCGAGGACAGCGUCUGUGUUCAGGAUGAUUCACCUCUGGUCUUGACAACGGAAGCGGUGAAGGAGGUCGUGGAUCUUGAAGCAUUGCGGGAUUGA